AUGGCCGUCAAUGCCCUGACUCAGGCCCGAAUUUGUUACCAAUGCCUGUUCGAAUCCUGCUCCCUCCACCUCCUCCCCCGCUUACCCGUGGCAAGGAUAACCCGGCUGGCUAUCGACAACAACCACCCGCCUGUGCCGUCGAGCCCACACUUGUUGGGAACUUCGUCUCCAUGGCUACAAACGACCGACAGCUCCGCUGUUUGGACACAGGCCCCUCUCGAUGAAGAGCCGUCAACUGCCGUCAGACGAAUCCUCCGUGCGCCUGAAGGCACGGGGUCGCGUCAGUGA